AUGUCUGACGGCCCCUCCAAGUCCAAGGCCGCCGCCGUUGGAAAGGUUGUCACAUCUCACGACAUUGAUGGUCAUGAUCUCCCACCGUCGCCUGCACCCAGCACCCCACGCAAUGGCCGCAAGUAUGCUCUUAUGACAGAGCUGGUUUACACCGAGAGCACUGAUCAGUACAAUGCCAGCUCUGUCCCCAUCUACCAAUCUGCCACGUUCAAGCAGGAGUCAGCGACCGGUGGCGCCGGCGAAUAUGAUUACACGCGGUCGGGGAACCCCACUCGAACCCAUCUGGAACGACAUCUCGCAAAGAUCAUGAAUGCCAACCGCGCCCUUGUCGUCUCAUCUGGCAUGGGCGCGCUGGAUGUCAUUACCCGUCUGCUGCGGCCCGGUGACGAAGUCAUUACUGGAGACGACCUGUAUGGCGGGACACAUCGGUUGCUCAAGUACCUUUCCACACAUGGCGGCAUUGUGGUUCAUCAUGUCGAUACCACGAACCCCGAGACGGUUCGCGCUGUAGUCAGCAACAAGACUACUAUGGUCCUUCUUGAAACCCCCACUAACCCACUGAUCAAGGUGGUGGACAUUCCUUCCAUUGCCUCUAUCGUACAUGCAGCAAACCCUGCCGCUGUAGUGGCGGUAGACAAUACCAUGCUUUCACCUAUGCUUCUCAACCCGCUCGACCUCGGUGCCGAUAUCGUCUACGAGUCGGGUACCAAGUAUCUUUCCGGCCACCACGAUCUGAUGGCAGGUGUCAUCGCCAUCAACGACUCCGCACUGGGUGAGAAACUCUUCUUCACCAUCAAUGCAUCCGGAUGCGGGCUUUCACCUUUCGAUUCAUGGCUUCUUCUUAGAGGUAUCAAGACUCUUGGUGUACGCAUGGAGAGGCAACAAGCAAAUGCCCAACGCAUCGCCGAGUUCCUUGAAUCUCAUGGCUUCAAGGUCCGCUUCCCGGGUCUGAAGUCGCACCCACAGUAUGACCUACACUGGAGUAUGGCGCGUGGCGCUGGCGCCGUGCUUUCCUUCGAAACCGGCGAUGUGCUCGUCUCGGAGAGGAUUGUCGAAAGUGCCAAACUCUGGGCUAUCAGUGUGAGCUUCGGAUGUGUAAACAGCUUGAUCAGUAUGCCGUGCCGCAUGAGCCAUGCCAGUAUCGAUGCCAAGACGAGAGCGGAAAGAAACAUGCCUGAGGAUAUCAUCCGGUUGUGCGUGGGCAUUGAGGAUCCGGAUGACUUGAUCGACGAUCUCAGUCGCGCUGUAAGUUUGAGCCCUACUAUAUUCGGACGGUUUUCGAAUGGGAACAAAAAUCGCUGGAAUCCGAGAAAACUAACAUGUGUUUUAUAGCUCGUACAAGCUGGUGCCGUGAACAUCACACCGGAAGGAUUCAACGCUCUAUCCCUCGAAGACCCAAGUGC